CUACCUAGAUGAGAUUCUAGGCUUUGAUCUUUUAGAUUGCUGACACCAUGGAUUUCUUCUUGGAAAAAUCAAUGCUCUUGGAAAGCGCUUCAAUUUCCGAUCACAAAUCAACACUGAAACAGCUGAACGAGAGACUGGCUGGGUUUAUAAGAUGCUCUUCCGACUUGGAGGAAUCCAAUAUGGCAUUACAAAGGAAAAUUGAGGAGCACCUGAAGACAGCGGAAGCAGAAGAUCCUAAUUGGAAAGACAAAUUUAAAGAGAUUCACAAUAUUUUAGAUUCUAUAUAUAAAACAAUUAUGGAAAAUGCGUCUACUGCCCUGCUUAUUGACAAUCAAAGGAGGGAUCUGGCAAUAACUAAAGCAAGGUUGGGGGAAGAAAUAUUUUACCAAAAACAAUGCGCCAUAAAAAAUAAACUAUAUGAAACUAUGGGUAUUGAAUGGAGAGAUUGUAUCACAGAACUGGAAUUUAUUAUCAAGGAUAAAGAGGAAGAAAAACGAAAUUUAAUAUCCGAUCACCAGGAGGCAGUCGGGGCUGUGCAGCAGUUAAUACAUCCUAUCGAUGAUAUCCAGUUUGCUACGGUGGAGGAUGGGAGCAGGAUGGAGCUGUCCCAGCUCCUCAACGAGAUCAGAGCAAACUAUGAGGCUCUCAUCGGCAGCUGUCAGAUUCACGAAGACCUUUCGACCAGGACCGAGAUAGAAGAGGAAGCAAGAAGAAAAAUGCAGAAAGAUGAAGAGGAGCUCAGAGAAGCACGAGCUAAUAUCAGCGAAGCCCGACGCCAAUGGAAGAGUCUCCAGCAAGAAAUUGAGUCUCUCCAAGCACUGGAAAGAAGUUUGGAAUACACCCUGCAAGCUACCAAGCGGCAACAUCAGAAGCAGCUUGAGAAUUUGACGGCGGUGAUUGUGAGUUUAGAGGAAGAGUUGAAGGAGGUGAGAGAGGGGGUAAGGACACAGCUACAAAAACAUAGGAUGCUCUUGAACGCCAAUAUGAAGCUGGAACAAGAGAUUGCAGCAUAUCGUUCUCUCUUGGAAAAAGAAGAAGCCAGAAUGAAUGGUGUGAAGUAUCUUCAGGAACAAAAACCACCUACGGGCAAAACAACAUCUUCCUGGUCCCCAGGUGAGCGGAGGAAUAUUCAGAGAGGGAUCGGUCUGCAGUCUGAACCAAAAAGGGCAACAGAUUUGCAGGAGACCUUUCAGAAAAGACGUGGAGAUGCAUUCAAGAAAGAGCCGAGCAGCCUCCACGACAACAUAAAGAGCUCAAGUAUCCAAAAAUGUACAGUUGUUGGCAAGAAAACAACAAAGCAGCCAAUAUUUAAUGGAAAUAUUGCAGAAGAAGGUGCGGAAGCCAGCGGCAGAAUCCAAACCGAGAAAGUGGGUGAAGUUAUUAAAAAGUGGGAGGGUUCGUUCUUCAAGGACAAUCCCAAACUGAGAAAGAAAUCCGUGUCGUUAAGAUUUGACCUCCACUUGGCAGCCGCCGAUGAAGGACGCCCAGAUAUCAAACAAGACGAGCUCCCCGACGUAGAGGUCCGGUUAAUAAUGAGACGGUCGUGCAGCAUCCCGUCUAUGAGCCCGUGACCUAUAUAUAUCCCUGAUCCAAAGACCGCAAACAAUAGCGAGGGACGCCAAAUGUAAUAGUGAACAUGACACACUUUAACCCCUUAAUGACAAAGCCCGUCAAAAUGCAUUGUUUUCAAUGGGUUUUGGGACCGCCCAUUGUCCUAAAGGGGUUAAGAACAGUAUGAUGGAGACUUACGGGUUGGGUCUCAUUAUAAGGAAGAAA